CGUCCAUCGCACGCGCACCUGGGGGGGUUUAAAGGCGUCCAGCACAAAAAUGUCCUCUACUGAGUUGUUGUGACGGGUCAAACCGUCGGUUCUAAGUCUGGAUCAGUUCUCAGGUGGAUCCAGAGGCUCCUGAGCCGCACGGUCACUGUGCGUGAACACAGUCCAUAGGCGGGAGCACCGCGGCCCGCUCCGCUCGCUGAGACCCCCCCCCCGCGCAGAGGCGGCCCCGAGCGGGGCUCAGCGGAGCGCAGACGCACGCUGCAUUUCAAUCGUGUGCAGCCGCUAGUCGCGUUACCAGCUCGGUGAACAGGACCCGACCGCUGCGCCGCUCACUUCCCAGGUGGCCACGUUGCUCUGGUAAACCCCAGAUAAUAUGUCGCAUCGGAGUGGGCAAGAGGACCCGGAGCGGUACCUGUUUGUGGACCGGGCCGUGGUGUACAACCCAGCCACCCAGGCCGACUGGACCGCCAAGAAGCUGGUGUGGGUGCCCUCCGAGCGCCACGGCUUCGAGGCAGCCAGCAUCCGAGAGGAGAGAGGCGAGGAGGUGCUGGUGGAGCUGGCAGAGAACGGCAAGAAGGUGGUGAUCAACAAGGACGACGUUCAGAAGAUGAACCCGCCCAAGUUCAGCAAGGUGGAGGACAUGGCGGAGCUCACCUGCCUGAACGAGGCCUCUGUGCUGCACAACCUGAAGGACCGUUACUACUCUGGACUCAUAUACACAUACUCUGGCCUCUUCUGUGUGGUCAUCAACCCGUACAAGAACCUGCCCAUCUAUUCAGAGAACAUCAUUGAGAUGUACAGAGGGAAGAAGAGGCACGAGAUGCCUCCACACAUCUACGCCAUUUCAGAGACGGCGUACCGCUGCAUGCUCCAAGAUCGUGAGGACCAAUCGAUCCUUUGCACAGGUGAAUCAGGCGCUGGCAAGACUGAGAACACCAAGAAGGUCAUCCAGUACCUGGCCCACGUUGCCUCCUCCCACAAAGGACGCAAAGACCACAACAUUCCUCCCGAAUCUCCCAAAGCGUUCAAGCUACAGGGUGAGCUGGAGCGCCAGCUCCUGCAGGCCAACCCCAUCCUGGAGUCGUUUGGCAAUGCCAAGACGGUGAAAAACGACAACUCCUCUCGCUUUGGGAAGUUCAUCAGGAUUAACUUUGAUGUCACAGGCUACAUCGUUGGUGCCAAUAUUGAAACCUACCUUCUGGAGAAGUCGAGGGCGAUCAGACAGGCCAAAGAUGAACGGACCUUCCACAUUUUCUACCGUCUGCUGGCAGGAGCUGGAGAACAUCUUCGCACCGACCUGCUCCUCGAAGGCUUCAACAACUACCGCUUCCUGUCUAACGGUAACAUUCCCAUCCCUGGGCAGCAGGACAAGGAGAACUUCCAGGAGACAAUGGAGGCCAUGCACAUCAUGAGCUUCUCUCAUGACGAGAUAAUCUGUAUGUUGAAGAUAGUCUCUGCAGUGUUGCAGUUUGGCAACAUUGUCUUUAAGAAAGAGAGAAACACGGAUCAGGCCUCGAUGCCCGAAAACACAGCUGCACAGAAACUCUGCCACCUUCUUGGAAUGAACGUGAUGGAAUUUACGAGAGCGAUCCUCACCCCGAGGAUCAAAGUGGGACGAGACUACGUUCAGAAGGCACAGACCAAAGAGCAGGCCGACUUUGCUGUUGAAGCUCUGGCCAAGGCCACGUAUGAGCGCCUGUUCCGCUGGUUGGUCCACCGCAUCAACAAGGCCCUGGACAGGACCAAGCGGCAGGGGGCGUCAUUCAUCGGCAUCCUGGACAUCGCCGGCUUUGAGAUCUUUGAGCUGAACUCCUUCGAGCAGCUGUGCAUCAACUACACCAACGAGAAGCUGCAGCAGCUCUUCAACCACACCAUGUUCAUCCUGGAGCAGGAGGAGUACCAGAGGGAGGGCAUCGAGUGGAGCUUCAUCGACUUCGGCCUGGACCUGCAGCCCUGCAUCGACCUCAUAGAGCGGCCGACCAACGCUCCAGGUAUUCUGGCUCUGCUGGACGAGGAGUGCUGGUUUCCCAAGGCCACGGAUAAGACCUUUGUAGACAAGGUGCUGCAGGAGCAGGGAACACACACCAAGUUUCAGAAACCACGUCAGCUCAAGGACAAAGCUGACUUCUGCAUCAUUCACUACGCGGGGAGGGUGGACUAUAAAGCUGAUGAAUGGCUGAUGAAGAACAUGGAUCCGCUCAAUGACAACGUGGCCACGCUGCUGCACCAGUCCACCGACAAGUUUGUGGCUGAGCUUUGGAAAGACGACAUUCAGACGUUUCAGAGAGCCUCUUUCUAUGACAAUGUGUCUGGGCUCCAUGAAGCUCCAGUCGACCGGAUCGUGGGUCUGGACCAGGUUGCAGGUAUGAAUGAAACAGCGUUCGGUGCUGCCUACAAGACCAAGAAGGGCAUGUUCCGCACCGUGGGGCAGCUCUACAAGGAGCAGCUUUCUAAGCUCAUGGCCACGCUGAGAAACACCAACCCCAACUUCGUCCGCUGCAUCAUCCCCAACCAUGAGAAACGGGCAGGAAAACUGGACCCCCACCUGGUUCUGGACCAGCUGAGGUGUAACGGUGUUCUGGAGGGGAUCCGUAUCUGCAGACAGGGCUUCCCCAACCGCAUCGUCUUCCAGGAGUUCAGACAGAGGUAUGAGAUCCUCACUCCUAACGCCAUUCCUAAAGGCUUCAUGGAUGGAAAGCAGGCCUGCGAGAGGAUGAUUCAAGCCCUGGAACUGGACGGGAACCUGUUCCGCAUUGGCCAGAGUAAAAUCUUCUUCAGAGCCGGAGUCCUGGCCCACCUGGAGGAGGAGAGGGACCUGAAGAUCACCGACAUCAUCAUUUACUUCCAAGCUGUCUGUCGAGGAUACCUGGCUCGCAAGGCCUUUGCAAAGAAGCAGCAGCAGCUCAGUGCUUUGAAGGUUCUCCAGAGGAACUGUGCUGCCUACUUGAAGCUGCGUCACUGGCAGUGGUGGAGACUCUUCACCAAGGUAAAGCCUUUGCUGCAAGUGACCAGGCAGGAAGAGGAGAUGCAGGCUAAAGAUGAGGAGCUGGUCAAGGUGAAGGAGAAACAGACCAAGGUGGAGGGAGAGCUGGUGGAGAUGGAGAGGAAACACCAGCAGUUAAUGGAGGAGAAGAACAUCCUAGCAGAGCAGCUGCAGGCAGAGACAGAACUGUUUGCAGAGGCCGAGGAGAUGAGGGCUCGUCUGGCUUCUAAAAAGCAAGAGCUGGAAGAAAUCCUUCAUGACUUGGAGUCCAGGCUGGAGGAAGAAGAGGAGAGGACUCAGAGUCUACAGAACGAGAAAAAGAAGAUGCAGUCCCAUGUCCAGGACCUGGAGGAGCAGUUGGAUGAGGAGGAGGCUGCCAGGCAGAAGCUGCAGCUGGAGAAGGUGACAGCUGAGGCCAAAAUGAAGAAGUAUGAAGAGGACAUUCUGCUCCUAGAGGACCAGAACUCCAAGUUUCACAAGGAAAAGAAGUUGCUGGAGGACCGAAUUAAUGAGAUGACCUCGAUGCUUACUGAGGAGGAAGAGAAGGCCAAGAACCUGGGAAAGGUUAAGAACAAGCAGGAGAUGAUGAUGGUCGAUUUGGAGGAGAGACUAAAGAAGGAGGAAAAGACCCGUCAGGAGCUUGAGAAGGCGAAAAGGAAGCUGGAUGGGGAAACAUCAGACUUCCAGGAUCAGAUCGCUGAGCUGCAGGCACAGAUAGAGGAGCUUAAAGUGCAGCUCAUGAAGAAAGAAGAAGAGCAGCAGAUGAUGCAGGCGAGAGGAGAGGAAGAGAUUGGCCAGAAGAAUAAUGCUCUGAAGCAGCUGAGGGAGCUGCAGGCCCAGCUUUCAGAACUGCAGGAGGACCUUGAGUCUGAGAAACAGGCCCGAAACAAGGCAGAGAAACUGAAGCGGGAUUUGAGUGAAGAGCUCGAGGCCCUAAAGACCGAACUGGAGGACACCCUGGAUACAACUGCUGCACAGCAGGAGCUGAGGACCAAGCGUGAGCAAGAGGUGGCAGAGUUAAAGAAAGCUAUUGAAGAGGAAACUAAGAACCAUGAGGCUCAGAUCCAGGAGAUGCGGCAGAGGCACGGAACAGCUUUAGAAGAGCUGUCUGAACAGCUGGAGCAGGCCAAGCGGUUCAAGGCCAACCUGGAAAAGACCAAGCAGAGCCAGGAGACUGCAAACAAGGAGCUGGCCAGCGAGGUCAAGAGUCUGCAGCACGCAAAGUCUGAGUCGGAACACAAGAGGAAGAAACUGGAGGCACAGCUGCAGGAGUUCAUGGCCAGAGUCACAGAGGGAGAGAGAGCCAAGGGGGAGCUGGGCGAGCGCACACACAAGCUACAGACCGAGCUGGACAACGUGUCUGCCCUGCUGGAAGACGCAGAAAGGAAGGGCAUCAAAAUGGCCAAAGACUUCUCUGGACUAGAGAGUCAGCUACAAGACACACAGGAGCUGCUCCAGGAGGAGACUCGGCAGAAACUGAACCUCAGCAGCCGCAUACGUCAGCUCGAAGAGGAGAAGAACACUCUGCAGGAGCAGCAGGAGGAGGAUGAGGAGGCACGCAAGAACCUGGAGAAACAGCUGUUAAACGUGCAGGCUCAGCUCUCAGAGAGUAAGAAGAAGCUGGAGGAUGACGUUGGCGCAAUCGAGGGCUUGGAGGAGACGAAAAAGAAGCUGGUCAAGGACCUGGAACUGGCCAAUCAGCAUUUAGAAGAGAAGAGCAUCGCCUUCGAAAAGAUGGAGAAGACAAAGACUCGUCUGCAGCAGGAGCUGGAUGAUCUGACUGUGGACCUGGAUCACCAAAGACAGAUUGUUUCCAACCUGGAGAAGAAGCAGAAGAAGUUUGAUCAGAUGCUGGCGGAAGAAAAGAGCAUCUCAGCUCGUUAUGCUGAAGAGCGCGACCGCGCUGAAGCCGAGGCCAGAGAGAAGGAGACCAAAGCUCUGUCCAUGACCAGAGCGCUGGAUGAGGCGCUCGAGGCCAAAGAGGAGCUGGAGAGGAUCAACAAGCAGCUUCGGUCUGAAAUGGAAGAUCUGAUGAGCUCUAAGGACGACGUGGGCAAGAAUGUCCAUGAGCUGGAGAAGUCCAAGCGCACUUUGGAGCAGCAGCUAGAGGAGAUGAAGACGCAGCUGGAGGAGCUGGAGGAUGAGCUGCAGGGCACGGAAGAUGCUAAACUCCGCCUGGAGGUCAACAUGCAGGCCAUGAAGGCCCAGUACGAACGAGACCUGCAGGGUCGGGACGACCAGAACGACGAGAAGAAGAGAGCCCUGGUCAAGCAGGUGCGGGAGAUGGAGGCGGAGCUGGAGGAUGAGAGGAAGCAGAGAGCUCUGGCUGUAGCCACCAAGAAGAAACUGGAGAUGGAUCUGAAGGACAUAGAGAGUCACAUAGAAGGGGCCAACAAGGCUCGAGACGAGGCCAUCAAGCAGCUGCGCAGGUUACAGGCCCAAGUCAAGGACUACCAGAGGGAGCUGGAAGACGCCCGGGCCUCCAGAGAUGACAUCUUCGCCUUGUCCAAGGAAAACGAGAAGAAACUCAAGAGUCUAGAAGCUGAGAUUGUGCAGCUACACGAGGAUCUGGCAGCGUCUGAAAGGGGCCGACGUCACGCAGAACAGGAACGGGAUGAGCUGCAGGAUGAAAUCUCUAACAGCACCUCUGGAAAGUCUGCUCUGAUGGACGAGAAGCGCAGGCUGGAGGCUCGUAUCGCACAGCUGGAGGAGGAGCUGGAGGAGGAGCAGGGCAACAUGGAGCUGCUCAAUGACCGCUUCAGAAAGACGGCCAUGCAGGUGGACACCAUGACCACAGAGCUGAGUGCAGAGCGCAGCACCGCCCAGAAGAGCGAAAACGCUCGGCAGCAGCUGGAGCGACAGAACAAGGAGCUGCGAGCUAAACUGGGCGAGCUGGAGGGUUCUGUGAAGAACAGAUUCAAGGCCUCCAUCACUGCGCUGGAGGCCAAGAUAGCACAGCUGGAGGAGCAGCUGGAGCAGGAGGCAAAGGAGCGCGCAGCAGCCAACAAGAUGGUGCGGAGGACAGAGAAGAAGCUGAAGGAGAUCUGCAUGCAGGUGGAGGACGAGCGUCGCCAUGCCGACCAGUUUAAAGAGCAGCUGGAAAAGGCCAACUCCCGCAUGAAGCAGCUGAAGCGUCAGCUGGACGAGGCGGAGGAGGAGGCCACGCGGGCCAACGCCUCACGCAGGAAGCUGCAGAGGGAGCUGGAUGACGCCACCGAGGCCAGCGAGGGCCUGAGCCGCGAGGUUCACACGCUCAAGAACCGCCUCAGGCACGGAGGCCCCAUCAGCUUCUCCUCCAGGCGCUCAGGCCGACGCCAGCUGCAGGUGGAGGGCACCUCCCUGGACCUCCUGUCUGAUGAUGAGCUGGAAAACAAGAUCACAGACAACAACGCCAACGAGACGCCGGCUCCACAGACGGAGUAGACGCAGCCUUAGAUCCUCCUCAGCACCAGCAGUCGGACCCCAGCGCUCGCCUUACGCUCCCUCAUGAGUAAAAUGAGCAGACAACCAUUGACGUUUAUCAUUAGUCAUACCAUCAUAUCAAUAGGUUAGUUAUGUUAGUUGAAGUGUAAGAAUAAUCUAGAAUGUGACUGCUGGCUGCCUUGUUGCCUCAGUGGUUUUCACCUGUGACAGUAGGUUAGUGUCGACUUGUACUGAUUCGGUGAAAGCUAAAAAAGCCUUCACGGCCUUUUGUUUUCUUGCUUCUUUGCUCCUGUGCCUUUUUUUGCUCAUUCAAACCAUCUGCUGUUCUCACAUAGAACCAUGCACAAAGUCACGAAGGUAUUUUGGUAAUAGUCAGAAAUCGGCCUUUGAAAUGAGAUGCUGGUGGAAAUGACCUGUUUGUACGUCUUCCUGCAGCUGUUCUGGACGUGUGGUCUUUGUAGAUGGGUGCUAUGACUUUUCCUAUUGAUAACUUUUAUACUUUGUGUUAUUAAGGUUUAAAACGACCCAACAGACAUCAACUGUAUUUAUAUAUCUGCGAUUGUAUCCAGUACAAACCCCACUCAUGCUCAGUAUUGCACAUAGUUAAACUGUACCUACUGUUGACAUGUUCAUGCGUUAUUACCUAGGACUUCUACAAGGAAUUAAAGUCUAUGGAGCCGAA